GGUCACUCAUUCAUUCAAUCGGCGUACGAUGCUCCCGCCCGAGUCUUUCUGGGCACAGAGAAGCCAGCUGGUGACCCAGCUGGGCAGAGGAUCGGCGGAGACCUUCGAGAGUGUGCUGGACUUCCUACUCUCGUGGGACGUGCUCACCUGGGAGGACUACGAGAGCGUGAGCAUCCGUGGACAUCCUCUGUCCCAGUUGGCCCGGCGCCUCCUGGACAUUGUCGGGAAUAAAGGCGGCCAGAGCGGCGAGCUCCUGGUGUCCGCACUGCGGGAAGCCGAGCGGGAAGUUCGGCAGGCGGGCGGCUCCCGGGAGCGGCUCCCAGAGGCUUCCGGCCCAAUCUGGGACCUGCAGAGACAGAGGCCAGCCAUCGUCAGGAAGAUCUAUGGCCACCUGGACGACCUCAUGGGACUUUUAAUCGAUCGGGGCUUCGUCUCCAAGUAUGAGUGUGAUGAGAUCAGGCUGCCCAUAUUUACAAACUCCCAGCAGGCAAGGCGGCUCCUGGAUCUCGCUAAUGCCAAAGAAAAUGGAAUGGUUGAGUUUCUCCUCCAUUGUGUUCAGCAGUUACCAGACCUGUCUGCUCCACUGCCUGAUGAUGGCGUCUUUAAGAAGUACCAGUCCAAGCUGAGGGCCACGCUCUCGGCCCAGUCCCGCUUCCUCAGCACUUACGACGGGAUGGAGAAUUUGUGUCUGGAGGACGUUUACACGGAGAACGUUUUGGAGAUCCGGGAGAUCGACGGGGCCUCAGACAGGCAAAGAGGCCCGGCCCCCCUCGGGCUCCCCGACCUCUUUGACCCUGGCGGCUGCCUCAACGAGGACGCCGACACCGUGCUCCUGGUGGGAGGAGCCGGGAGCGGGAAGACCACGUUCCUGCAGCGGCUGGUCUGGCUGUGGGCGACGGGCCGGGCAUUCCAGGACUGCCUCUUGGUCUUCCCCUUCAGCUGCCGUCAGCUGCGGUGCAUGAGGAAGCCGGUGUCAGUGAAGACGCUGCUCUUCGAGCACUGUUGCUGGGCCGACGGCCGGCAGCGGGACAUCUUCCAGUUCGUCCUCGACCACCCCCAGCGGGUCCUGCUCACCUUUGACGGGUUCGACGAGUUCAAGUUCAAGUUCGCCGAGGGGGCACGGCACUGCUCCCCGACGGAGCCCACUUCGGUCCAGAACCUGCUGGUCAACCUCAUCCAGGGCAACCUGCUGAAGGGCUCCCGGAAGGUGUUGAGCAGCCGGCCGGAGGCGGUGACCGCCUGCCUCCGGAAGUACAUCCGGAAAGAGGUCGGCCUGCGGGGCUUCUCCCAGGAGGGCAUCGAGCGCUUCAUGCGGAAGCACCACGGCGACCCCGGGGUGGCCGACCAGAUCGUCCGCCUGGUCAGGGCCACCCCGGCCCUCCGCGGCCUGUGCCACGUUCCCGUCUUCUCAUGGAUCGUGUCCCGGUGCCACGUGGAGCUCUUGCAGCGGUGGCAGGGCAGCAGCGGCGGGUCCCUGAAGACGAUGACCGACAUGUACUUCUUGAUCGUGCGUCACCUGGUGCUGCGCUCCCCGCUGGAGGGGAACCGGGGCUCAGCCGAAGGGGUCUGGCGGGGGAGGCUCCCCGCCCUCCUGCGCCUGGGGGAGCUGGCGCUCGGGGGCCUGGGGGCGGGCUGCUACGUGUUUUCAGACGGGCAGCUGCAGGCGGUAGGGGUGAGCACGGAGGACCUGUCUCUCGGCUUCCUGGUGCCCUCCAAGAGCUCGGCCGGCGCGGCCCCCCAGGCCCACUUUGAGUUCCUGCAUGUCACCUUCCAGUGCUUCUUGGCCGCCCUCUACCUCCUCCUGCACAGUGACGUCACCCCGGCCGCCGUCGGACACUUGUUUCACCGCCCCCGGAAGUGCCGCGUCCUGGAUUGCCUCUACCCCCAACUCUGUAUCCCGGCCGCACGGCGAGAGCAGGGGAGGCCUGGCCCCCCACUCUGGGGCAUGGAGACCCUUGACGUCCAACUCACGGCCAGCUUCCUGGCGGGCCUGCUGUCUGGGGCCAACUUCAGCCCGCUGGUGGAGGGCUGUGGGUUGGAGGCGCUGCUCAGGAAGCGGGCGUCCGCGCGGAAGUGCUUGGCUCAGGGCAUCAAGAGGCACUUUGGGUCUAUCCCGCCGGCGGUGCCUGGAGAACUCAAGAGCCUCCAUGCCCUGCCCGCCUUCCUCUGGCUCAUCAAGAGCCUCUACGAGAUGCAGGACGAAGGCCUGGCCCGCCGAGCCUUGCGAGGGUUCAAGGUCGAGCACGUGAAACUGACCUACUGUGGGGUCGGCCCAGCUGAGUGCGCUGCCCUGGCCUUCGUGCUCCGCUUCCUGAGGCACCCCGUGUCUCUGCAGCUCGACUACAACUCUGUGGGGGACGUGGGCCUCGAGCAGCUCCUGCCCUGCCUGAAGGUUUGCAGAGCCCUAUAUUUGAGAGAUAACAACAUUUCAGACCAUGGGAUCUGCAAGCUAGUGGACCAAGCCCUUCUCUGCGACAGUUUUCAGAAGCUGGCGUUAUUCCACAACAAGCUGACGGAUGACUCUGCUCACUCUCUAGCUAAACUUCUUAAAUACAAAGAGAACUUCCUGGCCUUGAGGCUGGGAAACAACCACAUCACAGCAGUUGGAGCUAAGGUGCUGGCUGAAGGUCUGGAAAGAAAUCACUCUCUCCAGUUCCUGGGCCUCUGGGGCAACGCGGUGGGUGACGAGGGGGCUCAGGCCCUGGCGGACGCCCUGCACGGUCAUCGGUCCCUCAAGUGGCUCAGCCUCGUGGGGAAUGACAUCGGCAGCGUUGGCGCCCAGGCCUUGGCGUUGAUGCUGGGGAAGAACGUGGUGCUAGAGGAGCUCUGCCUUGAAGAGAACCGAUUCAGCGACCAAGAUGUCUGCUCCUUGGCCGAAGGACUUAAGAAGAAUUCAACUUUGAAAGUCCUUAAGCUUUCCAACAACAACAUCACCUGUCAGGGUGUGGUUUCUCUCCUGCAAACCUUAAAGAAGAAUGACACCUUGAAAUCAAUCUGGCUUCGAGGGAAUACUUUUACCCUGGAGGAGAUUGAGUCGCUCAGCUACAUGGACCCCAGGCUGCUGCUGUGAUACAUGAGAAGUAGCUGGGGAUUCUGUAUCAGUACCUGGAACCUCUUCUUCGGAAAGCUGAUAAGCUUUGACCACUGGGAUAGAGGCUGACUUGAAUUUGUAUUGACUUUCUCUUCUUCCAUGAAGCUGUUCUGGGACAUCACUCCCAAACCACAGGUAAAGGGCUGCAGGGACCAUCCCAGAUGCCAUUGGAUGGGCUGGCCCAUGCUCUCAUCCUACAGAGUCCUGGAGUUGACUGCAUGGGCGAAGGAUACUGAGUAGGAGAGACACAGGUGAUUUGCCCAGGAUCCAUGGCAGGCGGGACAGGGUACAAAGUACUUUCUUGGCCCUGACGGUUCCCCCAACCACCCCUAGGGAAGUUUCUCUGCUCUCCCGGAGGGCGAAAGCGUUAACGUCCUACUUGAAAUCCCCUUU